UAUUAUUAUUAUUAUUAUGAUUAUUAAUUUUCAAUUUUUUUUUCUUGUACUGCUUCGUUUGUUCUCUCUCCGAUUCUUCACACUGGAGAUUACAGAGCUUUGAAGAUCCAAACAAUGCUUUAAGAUCUCUAUGUAAAUGGGGGGGCUUUUUUAGGGGGUUUUUGUAGUGCGUAGUUUUGAGGCCUUCGAUUUCUGCAAUUUUCCUUGAAAUCGAUUUGGUUUUUGGUUUUUUGGUUUUAGAUUUUGUUUCUGCGCUAGAGUUUGGAAAUUUAGGGUUUCUGGGGUGGGAUUUGGGUGAAAAGUUUUGGGUUUGGUUCGGAUCAAAGCUGGAAUUAGGACAACUUUUUGGGGGGAGGUUUGGGGAUUUUUGCGGAUUUGUUUUUGGUUGAAUUUGGUGGGUUUUGAUUUGUGGAAGUUUGGGUCAAAUUAUUGAUCAGAGGAAGCUGAGAUUGACGGUUUUACGAUUCAUAGUGGUGGAUUUUGUGUUGAAUUAGAGGGUCCUUUUUUUUUUUUUUUGUGGAUUGUUGUAAGUGUUGUGUUGCUCAACCUUGUUGUUUUGGGGUUGAGGAUUUGGUUGUGUGAAAUUUAGGGUUUUGGGGUGUGGAUUGAUCUGGUGGGCUUGCAUGUGUAAUUCUUAAGGGGUCCUCUGCUGUCUUGUGGAGGAUCCCUGUUGAAAGGUUCCUGAAAAUCGCGGUUCAGCUGUGGUUCUUUGAAGGUUAUGUGAAAAUUUGAGGAGAAAUGUUGUUGUUUUCUAAGUGGACUUUGUUAGGGUGAAUCAUAUAGUGGUUUGAAUUGGGUUGUGGUGGCUUUUAUAUUGAGUAAAUAAGGGCGGAGAUUGGGUUCUGAGGAUUGGUUUUGUGCAUUUUGUUUAAUCUUGUUGAAAUGUUUGUUUCUGGCGCGGAAUCUGGACACGAAAAUAGUGCAAUUCCAGGAACGGUUUUAAUCCCUACCCGGUUUGUGUGGCCUUAUGGGGGAAGAAGGGUGCUUCUCAGUGGCUCCUUUACAAGGUGGUCAGAGCACAUACCUAUGUCUCCUAUUGAGGGUUGCCCUACUGUGUUUCAAGUUAUUUGGAGCUUGGCGCCGGGUUAUCACCAGUACAAGUUUUUUGUUGAUGGAGAAUGGCGGCAUGAUGAGCAUCAACCUUUUGUAAGUGGGAAUUAUGGGGUAGUGAACACGAUCUUCUUACCUAGGGAACCUGAUGUGGUUCCUGCAGUUUUUAGUCCAGAUACACCUGGCGGAUCUAACAUGGAUUUGGACAAUGAUCCUUUUCCUCGUGGGGAGGUAAUUCCUAGGAUAUCAGAGGCAGAUUUAGAGGUCUCUCGCCAUCGUGUAUCUGAGUUCUUGUCUACACAUAUUGCUUAUGAGUUGCUCCCUGAAUCGGGCAAGGUCAUUGCCUUGGACGUUAAUUUACCUGUGAAACAAGCAUUUCAUACUCUCUAUGAACAGGGAAUUCCUGUGGCUCCUCUCUGGGAUUUUUGCAAGGGUCAGUUUGUUGGAGUGCUUAGUGCAUUAGACUUUAUAUUAAUUCUGAGAGAGCUUGGAAACCAUGGAUCAAAUUUAACAGAGGAAGAGCUUGAGACACAUACUAUCUCAGCUUGGAAAGAGGGAAAAUUACAUCUCAGACAAAUUGAUGGCAGUGGGAGACUGUGCCCUAGACAUCUCGUCCAUGCUGGGCCUUAUGAUUCUUUGAAAGAUGUCACUUUGAAAAUUUUGCAAAACAAGGUCGCCACGGUUCCCAUCAUCCAUUCUGCUUCUCAGGAUGGUUCAUUUCCACAGCUACUACAUCUUGCUUCUCUGUCUGGAAUACUAAAAUGUAUUUGCAGGCAUUUUAGACAUUCUUCUAGUUCCUUGCCUAUUCUUCAACAACCAAUCUGUUCAAUUCCUGUAGGCACAUGGGUUCCAAAGAUUGGGGAAUCAAAUGGACAGCCGUUUGCAAUGUUGAGACCAAAUGCCUCUCUUGGUGCUGCCUUGUCUUUGUUAGUCCAAGCUGAAGUUAGUUCAAUACCAAUAGUGGAUGAUAAUGAUUCAUUGCUGGAUAUAUAUUCACGGAGUGAUAUCACUGCUUUGGCAAAAGACAGGGCAUAUGCACAGAUUCACCUUGAUAACAUGAGUAUUCAUCAGGCACUGCAACUGGGACAAGAUGCAAAUUCUCCUUAUGGUUUCAUCAGUGGGCAGAGAUGUCAAAUGUGUUUGCGAUCUGAUCCCUUGCAUAAAGUGAUGGAGCGGUUGGCAAAUCCUGGGGUUAGAAGACUUGUGAUUGUGGAGGCCGGCAGCAAGCGUGUGGAAGGAGUUAUUUCAUUGAGUGAUGUGUUCAGGUUUCUGCUUGGUUAGCUGCAACAGUUGUCACCAUUUCGCAUCAAGGGACUUGUGCGGUGGCUUUGGAGAAAUACCCAUUUGUUUCAUUGACACUUUUUUUCUCUCUGCCAAUGCGUCUCCCUUGCACGGUGAAUAGUUUGUUCUUCUGAGUCUUGGUUGGAUGGGGCUCGUGCUUUCCGGCCUCGUUCUUAUUAGGAUACAAAUUUAAGAGAGAAAAAUUUGUAAAUUGAGAUGACUCAAUUUUUUUCCCAUCAUCUUUAUAACCUAAUUAUUAUCAACUCAAAAGCGCCAUUGGCAGGCCUGCCAUGUUUAUGCCUCCUGCUAACAGAAAACCAGCCAAAAUGGGACUGUCAAAUGCACCCCAUGCUGUUGGUGGUUGUACGUAAAAAAAAACAGAAAAAAGGGUUGAUAGUUCAAAUUUUA